UACGAAAACAAACAAUUUUUCAAAAAAAUUGGAAAUGUGUGCAAUCUAAUAUUUUUUUAUUUACACCUCUGCAACUCUAUUGCACUGUCGUAAUUGUUUGCAUUAUUAAUUGCAUACACCAGUGACAGCUACUUUAUUCCACUUCUCAGUUUUAUGGCGUAAGUCAAGCGCAACGCUUCCAACUCAAUUCUAAAAGUGCUAAAUAUUUACGUUUCGCCCGAUUUUUUAUGCAAAUUUGAGUUUUCGUGAAAAGCGUUUUGAGAAUGUCAACAAUUUUGAAUAUUCGUUGUGCCGGUACAGCUGUUUCGCAAUUGUUUAUACUUAACGAGAAGCAACAACAGUUACAAAAAUACCAAAUUGCAUUUCAAUCGACAGUCAGCAAUGUCAAGCUCGAAAAUCUUGAAAGAAAAUCAUCGGACGUGGAGUGGCAAAAGGCUUUACCUUAUAAGUCUAUACCCAGACUGACUAGAUAUCAAAUGCUGCGUGGCUUCUUAAAAGGAGGUGAAUUUGUCAAUCUUUCAUUAAAUGAUUUCGUUUUUAAAUGCCGUGAACGCCUUGGUGAUAUAUACCGUUUGCCCGGUGUGAUUGGACAGCCUGACUCUGUUGUACUCUUCAAUGUGGACGAUUUUGAAAAGGUCUAUCGUACGGAAGGUAUGUGGCCAAGCCGCCCUGGUACUGACGCGGUGAGAUACUAUCGGCAAAACCGGAAGGACGGAUUUUUCAAAGAAACUAUGGGUCUGAAUGAUAACGGUGAAAAUUGGGCGAAGUUCCGACAUGAAGUUAAUCCCGUUUUGAUGCAGCCGAAAAAUGCUAAACUCUAUUUGGACCCUCUACAAAAAGUGAAUUUAGAGUUUUUAGAAAGAAUACGUGAUAUACGCGAUCCACAAUCACUGGAAGUACCCGACAACUUCUUUGUGGACAUAAAUCAUCUCGCUUUUGAUUCGGUUGCAGUAGUUGCUUUGGAUCAUGAAUUCGGUUUGAUUCGUAAGAAUCCCGACUUGGAAGAGGUCAAAAUACUUUGUGAGCAUAUGAGCGCAUUUCUAAAAUCCAUUUAUGACUUGGGCAUUAAGCCAUCAUUUUAUAAAUACAUUACCACACCGACAUACCGACGUUUCGCUAAAUCAAUGGAUCUAAUAUUCGAUAUAACCAAUCAUUAUGUAAAUGAAGCACUGGCGCGCUUGGCAGUAAACCCCUCAAAGGAUGGUGAAGAACGCAGUGUUUUGGAAAAACUGUUGAAAAUUAAUCGGAAGACAGCCAUAGUUAUGGCAAUGGAUAUGCUGAUGGCAGGUGUAGAUGGGACAUCUAGUGCGAUCACUGCUAUACUGCUCUGCAUCGCCAAGAACCCCGCAAAGCAACAAAAACUACGUAAAGAGCUACUUGCCGUGCUGCCACAUCGCAAUGACCAAUUCACUAUUGAAAACAUGAAACAGUUGCCAUAUUUACGUGCCUGCAUUAAAGAAGCGCUGCGCUUCUAUCCGCUCGCCUUCGGCAAUGCGCGUGAAAUCGGUGCCAAUAUUGUGCUAAGUGGUUAUCAGGUGCCUAAGGGCACCGGUGCUUUAAUUAGCACAAAUAUGCUACCAAAUGAGGAGCUUUUCUUUCCACGACCCCGUGAGUACAUUCCAGAACGUUGGCUACGCAUGUCGCAUGCAACGUUACCCGAUGGCGAACGCCUAAUUGCUGAGAAUGUCAAUAAAUUUAUUAAUUUACCAUUCGGUUUUGGACCACGCAGUUGCGUCGGCAGGCGUAUUGUUGAAAUAGAAAUGGAAUUAACGCUGGCAAAUUUAGUGCGCAAUUUCAGCAUUGAAUACAACUAUCCGGUAAAAAAGCCGUUUACUUAUCACUUAAUUAGUACGCCCGCUAUACCGCUAAAGUUUAAGUUUGCCGAUUUGAAGUGAGGAUGGAGUAUUAACUUUGGAA